UGCAGUGAGAUACAGCCCGUGGUACAUUGGAAAAUAAACAAUAAACAUUGCACAAUAUGGUUUUAAAUAUUAUGCAGUUGUAUUAGAAGGGUAGUUUUUGAAGACAAUAAAUGUAAUCAUAAAAGCAAUUAUUUUAAACAAACGUGUAAUGUAAUACGAAGAUUUAUAUUGGCAAACGACUAACUGCGGUUGAGCGCGGCACAGGCCGGUCACCAUACAGCUGUAGCCAUGGGGGCACAGAAAUGGUGUCUCCUAAUACCGAUGUUCUUAGCAUCGGUGAGAGCUGGACUGAACGACAACGUUGCACAAUCGUACUAUGAAACGCCACAGUCCUCAUCGCCAGCACCAGAACCAACGUCAACCCAACACCCUUCAUUGAGAGGAAUGAAAGAAAUUGUAUUAUUCCUAACACCAGAUCAAGUGGAAAUUCUUCAAGCGGCUGGCGCUGUUGUGCAACCAUAUCCAGAAUAUGAAUCUGAUUUUGCUGAACUACAAGAACGAUUUCGGCAAAGCAUUGAAUAUGAGAACCAAAUGCCUCAUCAAGUUUGGAUGAAUUCAAGCGAUGAUAUCAAACAAAAUCCAGAUAUAUUAGAAGAUUAUUACAAACUUUUAAACAUCCAAGAAAUCAAUGAUGAUUUGGCUUAUCAAGCUAUGCUGGCCACAACCACAGAAACUACUACAGAAAUGCCUACAACAACAACACCAAAGUAUAAAUAUACGAAAGCAAGACAGCAAUACAAAGACAAGGAAUUUUCUACUCCAUAUACUCCUAAAAAAGCGAAUCGACCGAAACCUAAUAAUCAAAAUAAUGCAGAACAAUAUGUCCGUUUUCUACCGAAUUAUGAAAGUGAGACUCUACAAAUGAUACCAUUCGAAGCUUUACCCCUUCCUGGAUACCAACAUGGAGUGCAAGCAGAAAUUAAUAUGCAAACAACUGACAUGGCUCUAUCAACUGCUAAUACUGUUGCGAAUACACAAUUACAAAUAAACCCUGAGAUAAAUGAUCCAGCUGAAAUAGUAACAAAUAUAGGAGUUACUACUGAGACUCUGAUAAAUACUUACCCUCAGCAAUCUGAGCGCAUUCAACCAGUUGCAAAUACUGAAGUGCAAGUUGAACCACAGCAAAUUUCAUACAUGCCUGUACAUACAACUCAAACAAAUAACUAUAGUAGACAAAACCUAUACAGGCCGGUAAAAAUUCGUAUCAAACUAGACAAGCAAACCACAACUCCUCCUCAGACUUUUGUGCAAAUUACACCAAAACCUACGCCAACACCUCAAUCAUAUUUAGAAUCUCAGUAUGCUAUUCAAUUCAAGGAAACUCUUAGUUCUGUUGAGGGUCUUCCACCACCGCCGGAGGUGCAACAGGAGAAGCCAAAAACUCCUACAAAACCCUUGCCAACUGCCCAAACUCCAGUCGUACAUCAAGAUAAACUAGCAGUGCUUUUGGCUCCGCUCUACCAACACCAGUCCAUAACUGAAACAAUUAAUCAUCAAAAGCAGGAACUAUUGAACGGGGAGUUUAAAAUUCGCAGUAAAUUACAAGAAAUGAAGGAAUCCCAAAAUUAUGACCAUAAAGCGUAUACUGUGGCAGUGGAUAACUUGAACAGAAACUUGGGACAGCAGAAUGUUUUAGCAAAGCUUGAAGCUUCUAGGGUUUCUAAUACGGGAAAUGUAGUACGACAGCCUUUGGAAUCGGUGAGGAGUACUGAGUAUCCAAUGGUAGUACGUAUUCCUAAACCUCAAGAGGUCAAAAUUCCUGCUCCGUACCCAGCACCCUUGGAAUUCAUGAAACCGUUGAGAGUUCCGAAACCCGUGGACAACAAAAGAGGUCCCCAUUACCAAGGAGGUAGAAACGUCUAUCUUAAACUAGAGAGACCACAUCAAACUUAUAAAGUAGUUCCUAAAAAUGAGAAGUAUCUGAUUCCCACCAGGAUCCCUGUUAAUGUACAGGAGCCAGUCUCCUACGUCAUCCGUCACAUUUGGGAACAUUAGAAUUAGUGCUUUCGAAGACUGACUGUCUUUGAAACACCGAUAAUUUAUUUUUACGAAAAAUAGUAUUUAGAAGAACCCAGUGCAAUAUUGAUGCCAUUGAUUGAGUGAUAAUGUAUUUAAGAUAUGACAGUUUUUAUUUGUAUUUAUUGUAUUUAAAUAAAUUGUGAUUGAACAAGUUAAGUGAAGAAUUUAUUGCUG